UAACCAUGUCAGCUGUCCCAUCAACAGUCGUCUAAUUUGUGGAUCGGUUGCAGAACAAGAAUUUUAAGUUUUCCACAAUGGAAUUUUAGAACGUUGUGAUAGUCAAAAGACAAGUGUUUUGUUCCCAGAGCAACGCUAAUGGAAAUAUUUUUGUGCCGCACAGAAAGACUCGACGUGUUAUGAGCAGCAGCAUUCUCCGCCCACACUCACACUCUCACUCUCAACAUCGUACUCUGUGGCUUGUGGCAGUUUUGCUGGGACCCUGGGGUAGAGAGCUGAGUCGACGACGGUCCUAGCUGCUCACCAUGAUAAUGAACAUGGAGGGCGGCCAUUCUGGGGAGCAGUAUCUACCGGCCCGGGGGCAGCACGGAUCUCCUGCCUGUAUGCUGACCAGUACACCUGUAGGAGUGGCGCCUCCAGGGAUGUACGGGGCGAUGUCUGGACACCACGCGGGAAUGGAACUCCAAUCCCUUGGUUACCCUAACACACCCGCUAAGGUCAACGACUCUACGGGCACCCUAGGCAGCGUAUCCCCCCGAUCAGACGACUCGAACCCCAACAACGAAGAGACCAGCUCCGAGGCGCUGUCCGGCGACAUCAAGAAACACGUGUUGGGCGGAGGCGGUGGGGCUGGGUCGUGUCUGGAUGGCGGCGACACCUCAGAAGAAGGUAUGAGCGAGGAGCAGGCGAAGAUGUACUCCGGGACCUCUACGCUAUCCCAACAGGCUCGGCGUUUCGCAGACGUGAAGCCUCCCUACUCCUACAUCGCUCUCAUCACCAUGGCGAUCGAGAGCUCCCACUCAGGCAUGAUGACCCUCAACGAGAUCUAUAGCUUCAUCAUGAACCGUUUCCCGUACUUCAAAGAGAACCAGCAGCGCUGGCAGAAUUCCAUUCGCCACAAUCUUUCCUUAAACGACUGUUUCGUGAAGAUUGCCCGGGCCCCAGGUAGACCGGGCAAGGGAAAUUACUGGGCUCUGCAUCCGGCUUGUGGUGACAUGUUCGGCAACGGAAGUUUUCUAAGGCGGGCGAAGAGGUUCAAACUGACAAGGCCCAAGUCGGAAAACAGCUCUCACAUCCAGCACGUGAACUCCUACAGCCAUUUCAACAUGUACGGCCCGCACACGGGUGGAUACAAACCGUACCCGUCCUUCAACCCACUGGCAUUUGGCUCUCUGUCUCACGGUCUGUCACAGGCCCAGCAGUAUGCCCUACAGCACAAGCCGCAGGAUGCGUGGGGAUCCGCCCCCAGCUACGCCUCUUACUACAACAACAGUGGGAUGGCUCCAACCCAGGGUCUGGCCACGCCUCCGCCUCCACUGGGCGCUAGUUCAACCACUGGGUCAAGCUUCCAGAGUUCUGGACUGUCUAGUCACCACCUCGGCUCCUCCUCUUUAGCCUCAUCACACCUGACAGGCUCCGCCCAUCUCGGUAGCUCCCCCCAUAUUGGCACGUCCUUGCCCUCGUUAGGCGGGGCUUCUCUGGGAGGCUCAUACAGCAGCUCCCAUUUCUCCGCACCGACACUUGGUGCUUCGGGCUUCUCAAGCAGCACGCUAACCGCGCCACCACCACACCUGGGCAGCUCGUACCACCUUCCAGUGAGCAUGGCACCCCAGGUUCCGUCACCAGGUCCUUCCUCUAACGGACUGCCCAGCAGUUACCCCGCUCUCUCACAGAACCCUUACAACUGUUCGCAAUACGCACCACAGCCGCCACUCAGAACGUAACGUUUACUUGUUACUCAUGACGUUUUAAGAAAUCCUAACCCAGAACUAACACGAGCCCUUCCGACAGGGGCGUUGCUCACGGGCGUAUCAGUUGAGUGAUAGCCCGCGGCGCGUUCUCCUACGCCAAAGUGGCAUUUGGUUAAUCCAAUAAGUGAGCAGCUUGUAGCGUCCAUUUAAACAUUGUCAUUGAUGCUCUUGUUGAAAUAUCUCACUGAGAAUACAAGUAGGGUAAACACCACCCCGAUUUAUUUCCUACUUCCAUAUAUGCAGCGUCACCUCUAUAUGAAACAGUACCCUCUUUGAUCUCGACUCUAUCGUUCUCCCAGAAUGACAAAUUGAGAUUAAAAAAAAAAGAAAUAUGAUCUUUGUAGGAUCUGUGAAAAAGAGAACGUGAACUCCCUCUCAGCCCGGGCUGGCCCUGAUAGACAAGGUCGG